AUGUCAGAGAUUGAUGAAUUAUACGAGCUCCGAAAUAACUUUUACUUGGGGCACUUUGCGACUGCUGUGAUUGAGGCGAACAAACUGAAAUUAUCGGGAGAAAAAGCUGUUGAGCGAGACGUGUACCUAUUCCGAUCUCUCAUUGCCCAGAAGCAAUAUUCGACUGUGCUGUCUGAGGUGAAAUCAAGCUCUCCACCUCAACUUGUUGCCGUCAAAUGCUUUGCCGAGUAUCUUUCCCGUGGAAACGCCGAGGCGCAACUGAAAAUCCUUGACGGGCAGAUUCAGUCCCUAACUCCAGAGAAUUGGGUUUCUCCAGUGAUCUCCGCCUCUAUUUACUUCCAGGAAGGACAGUAUGAGAAUGCGCUGAGAACGCUCCAGCUUACCGACCACAUCGAAGCUGCCGCUCUUCAAGUUCAGAUUCUUGUUGCUAUCGAGCGACCUGACCAAGCUAAAAAGCUUGUUGCGAAGAUGGACGAAGACUCCACCUUAACUCAGCUCGCUGGAGCAUGGACCAACAUCUCUCUCGGGGGAGAAAAGGCCCACGAUGCCUACUACGCCUUCCAGGAACUCAUGGACAAGACCCAGACGAGUCCGAUUCUGUUGAACGGAGCUGCUGCGGCGCAUCUUGCUCAGCAAAAGUGGGAAGAGGCUGAUGGCGCCGUAAAGGAAGCGACUGAGAAAGAUAUCAACUGCCCAGAGACUCUCAUCAAUCAGAUCAUGGUUGCCACUCAAACCGGAGAGGAAGAUAUUGCUCGACGAACCCUAGCGUCAUUGAAAGGAAGCCAUCCUUCGCAUCCUUUUGUUGUCGAUUUGGAACAAAAAGAAGCCGAGAUGGACCGCAUCAUUCUCCAAUACAAACCCUGA